GAGCAGUUGCGCGUGCGCCGGUUUUGAGCACGAUCGCGUCAAUUGUGUUUGACAUAGAAUAUUGAUAAUGUAAAUAUAAUAGCAAAUUCUUUGUGCCUGGUUGUAGAGAGGUCAUCGCAAUCUUCAAAGUGGUAUCAUAAUGGAGUGCUAUACGUCGGACAGUUGCGAUAGUGAUAGCAGGGAACAAAAAACUCUUGAUCUAUCGUGCAAGUUAAUGGAUUCACUGAGCCUGUCAUUGGAACUGAAAGGAGUUGUUGACGAGAAGAAUUGCGCAGAAAAUUACGAGAUAUUAUUGCUAUAUAACAACCAUAUUACGGCGCUACCAGAUACAAUAAACAAGUUUUGUAAUUUAAAAAUACUGGACGUUAGCAAUAACAGAUUAACAGUUUUUCCCGAUAUAUUUGAAUACUGUCCACUCACAUCGUUAAUAGCAAAAAAUAAUCAACUAACGAACGAAUCAUUACCUAAAUGUUUUAAUGUAACAAAAUGUACAAUGAAAGAGCUUAACCUCAGUGGAAACCAGCUCAACGUAUUUCCAGAGCAAAUUAUGGAGUUAACAUCGCUUAAGUAUCUUUACUUAGGUGGCAAUAAUAUAAUGAAUAUUCCAAAAGACAUAUGGAAAUUAACCAGUUUACAGAUCCUGUCAAUAGGGGGCAAUCAAAUUUCGGAAGUUCCUGAAUCGGUUGGCCGGCUGACUGCACUCCAAGCUUUGGUCUUGAGCGAUAACCUUAUAGAACAAUUACCUACCAGCAUUGCUAACUUGAAACAACUUCGGUCUUUGUUAAUACAUAAAAAUAGACUAAAAACACUACCAACACAAAUUAUAAAAUUAACAUGCUUGACAGAGCUAAGUCUCCGUGACAAUCCUCUUGUGGUGAGGUUCGUCCGGGAUAUGACAUUGCAGCCGCCGUCAUUGUUGGAACUGGCCGGACGCACUAUAAAAUUGCACGAGUUAUCUAUUCAUGACGGCGAAAUCCCAGACACAUUGAUUCAGUAUCUCCGUGCAGCGCAGUGCUGUGUAAAUCCCAAAUGUAAAGGAGUCUUCUUUGAUAAUCGAGUGGAACAUAUUAAGUUCGUGGACUUCUGUGGCAAAUACCGUAUACCACUACUACAAUAUUUAUGCAGUUCCAAGUGUAUUACUGGCAGAUGGGAGAGUCGAGAAAUGGAUAAUAAUCUGCAUCCACAUAUGAUGCGGAAAGUUUUACUCGGAUAAUGUUUAUGAAAUUUAGAUCAUAAUAGCUUAUUUGCAAUGUAUAUUUUGUAAACUACAAUAUUUUUAACAGCUUCAUAUAUUAACCUAUAUCGGAUGCACAAUUUAAUAAAUUUCUCAAUGAAGCAUAUAGGUAAUUAUAACAUUUUUAUCACACCACAUGUAGAUAAAAAGAUAUUUUGAUAGGCCAAAUGGGCUAUGUAUCUAAUACUCACGAUAGAAUAGGAAACGUUAUUAUUUUAUAGAUAGAUAAUAUUGCAUAUAUUAUAUAUAUAUAUAUAUAUAAACUCUUAGUGAAAUUCUAUUUUUUAAUCUUAUGUUAAUAUAUAAAUAAUAACCUACCUGUUUUUAUGCCGUGAAAUCAACGUAUGCGUCCCCGUAUGCGCGUUAAUACACUUGUGGAUAACACUAUUAGGUACACAUACUCAGUAUACUAGCAAUAUGUACUAAAAUAUGUAUAUGUACAAGUCGCCUUGAAGUAGCAAGUGGGCGUUAUUGUGUUCUUUAUUGAUAAGUAGACUGUAGCUGACGAUUGGCUUUUUCUACAGUUGAUGAUAAUAAUCCACCUUUUUUGCUUGUAUGUCAAUCAAAUUCUGUAUUCUAAAAAUUCUGUAAAUAUUAAACUUUACAGUUUGUACCUUUUUCAAACAGAAUUGUAUUCUAUGUAAUAAGUGUAUAGUGCCAUCAAAAUUAAACAUUGGGACUGAAAUAUAUUUUUUUAUUCCUUAAUAACCACCACUAGUACAAGCUAGUGGUGCUCCCGAUUUCAUAUGCAUAUAAAAAUGUACAUUAUUUUGUAAAUCACAAUCAAACGACAACAAUAAAUAAUACAUCUCUACAUAGAGUAGACUUCUACCGCAGUAUCACUUCUACUACAACCUCAAUAUUUUAACCGCCAAACAGCUUGAUUUCUUAACUGUUUCAGUUUUAUCAGUGAAAGUACAGAAUAAAAUGCAUGACAUUCUAUCAUAUGAUACCAUACUAUACGAUUCGCCAUUCUUUCGGAAU